CUGUUAUUUGUUCUAAACCUACCCGCAUAACGGAGACAGUUGGAGAACAUUAAAACAAGAGACAGAAAGAGAAAAAAAAAAAAAAAAAAAAAGGUUCAACAGCCGAUGAGUCGAAAAUCGUUCGCAAAAUCUUUGCCGCAGAGAAGGGGAAAAGUGUGUCUAUGCAAAAGAAUGAAAGCGAAUGCGGUAUUAAUCUUCCAUGAUGAUGAUUUUCGAUGCGCAGACGAUUUUUCCUGAGGGUGUAAGGAGAUUACAAAUUGUCUGAGAACUUAAAGAGGGGGGGGGGAAAGAAGAAAAAUUAAUGGUUUCAUUAAAAACAUUUAUGUAUAUAAAGCUGCGAAUCAAAUAUGCAAUUCAUAAUUUGAUUUGUCAUCGAUUAAGAAUCUUCUGUCUUCUUCUACAAAGGCAAGCAAUCACAGUCAAAAUGCAUUGCAACAGACGAGUUUUCUUCGCCAUCUUCAUUGCUGUCACUCUCCUAGGAGUUUGCUUCGGCCAAGGCGGAGGUGGAGGAGGUGGAGGUGGAGGAAUGAUGGGGGGAAAGGGCAACAAACACGGAGGAGGCUCUAGGAUCGUUGAGAUGUUGGCAGCAGGCAUGGUUGCCAAGAUGCUGAGCGAGAUGCAACAUGGAGGCUGUCAUCAUGGUUAAGGAUUUCUGCCUUCAAACAAACGUUCCUAUUGUACAUAGUUUCCCUUUCAGAGAUUUAUAUUUUAUGAACAGCCAAAUUAUAUGUUAUUGAGAAAUAAAAUAUUUUAUCGAUGUUAAACUUAA